CCUCUUUUCCCUGUUUCACACUUCCGGUGCGACCGCGUUGUCCCCGUGCGUGCGUUCGAGCGCUGCGCGGUUGGUGUUUCCGGCCCGAUAAUUUUAAGCGCGUGUGUGGCGAAGUUUGCCUCUUGUCUGCUCCAGCCAUGCGGCCCGGUUUUAGCCCCCGUGGAGGACGUGGGGGGCGUGGUGGGUUUGGAGAUCGUGGUGGGUUUGGAGAUCGUGGGGGACGCGGAGGCUUCCGAGGAGGGCGAGGAGGUGGGUUUAAGUCCCCUGGUGGUGGUGAAGGAGGCUUCCGAGGCGGUCGUGGUGGUGGUGGCGGCUUCCGAGGCGGCCGAGGUGGUGGCUUCCGUGGCGGACGAGGAGGAGGUGGCCGAGGAGGACGGGGUGGCUUCAGAGGAGGGAAAAAGGUUACGGUAGAGCCCCACAGACAUGAAGGUGUCUUCAUCUGCCGGGGAAAGGAAGAUGCGCUAGUCACACGGAACAUGGUGCCUGGCGAGUCUGUGUAUGGAGAGAAGAGGAUAUCUGUGGAGGAUGGUGAACUGAAGGUGGAGUACCGUGCCUGGAAUCCUUUCCGCUCCAAGCUGGCUGCUGCCAUCCUUGGAGGCAUUGACCAGAUCCAUAUCAAGCCUGGUACCAAAGUGCUGUACCUAGGAGCUGCGUCGGGAACAACAGUGUCUCAUGUCUCUGACAUAGUUGGACCGGAGGGCCUUGUAUACGCUGUGGAGUUCUCCCAUCGCUCUGGUCGCGACCUCAUCAAUGUGGCAAAGAAACGGACCAACAUUAUCCCCGUAAUAGAGGAUGCACGGCACCCACACAAAUACCGCAUGUUGCUUGGCAUGGUGGAUGUGAUCUUCGCAGAUGUGGCUCAGCCCGACCAGUCACGUAUUGUGGCUUUAAACGCGCACAAUUUCUUGAAGAAUGGUGGCCAUUUUGUCAUCUCCAUCAAGGCCAACUGCAUUGACUCAACAGCAGCACCCGAGGCUGUCUUUGCAUCAGAGGUGAAGAAAAUGCAGCAGGAGAACAUGAAACCCCAAGAGCAGUUGACUUUGGAGCCCUAUGAGCGGGACCAUGCUGUAGUAGUUGGCAUUUACAGACCACCUCCUAAACAGAAGAAAUAAAGUGUGGAAGCUAGUAGGUGACCAUUGCAACAGUGCUUUAGAUCAGAGUUAAUUUUUCUGCCGCUUCAACGAAACAGGACUCUUUCUACUGACUAUACCCCCAGCUUUCUUUAAGGCCAAGCAUUUAUGCAGAGAUGCUGUUGUGCAUUGGUAUUCUGUGGCGUUAUCAAAUGUGUAUAUUUUUUAUUAAAAUAAGUAAUGUAGA